AUGGGGCGAAUGGGCGCCAUCUGGGGUCUAUUCUUGCUCCUCUGCGUUGCAUCGUGUGGCCUUGCGGCUGCCGAUUCGUUUGAGCCGGGUCCCGACUACGUAUACGAUCUCAUCUAUGAUCACAAAACCGACGUCAAGGCGUGCGUGCGGCUUCUUCACUCGGAGGGCGAAGUUGGCUGCUCCUCGCCAGAGGGCGGGUCUGUGGGGUCCCUAUACCCGAUAGAGACUGAGGCGGAGUACCUCGACUUCAAGGACCACAUGUCCGCCACUUGGACUGACCUCAAGGCCAUCGUGCUCGCUGGUCACCUCUUCAACAAGACGAUCAUCGACGGCCUUCAUCAAACAAAAGCAGUAGUCGGCAUCGCAUUGCUCCCGAGCAACGCCACCGGCUUCGCGUGUGGGGCUGGCAAGACUGGCUUCUCGCCCGCUGAGAAGUACCCCAACAAGAAGUGGGGUCUUCAUCCGGACUCUUCCCACGACUGGAACCCAUGCGGAAACGCGUGGUUCAUGGAGAAGCUGCCCUUCCCCGUGUUUUCCCUCAACAGCGACGCCGAUGGGAAGGAUCUCGUGCACAAGGCCAGGGAAAACAAGCGCCUCGACUCGUGGCCCAAGUGGUCUGCCGAGUUCAAGGCCUUCAUGUGGGGCGCCGGCGAUUCGAACAUCUGCCUCCGCCGGGGCUACUGCGAUCCCGUCGGCGGACAGAGCGUGUGGGGAUCGUUCGAAGAGGGGGUGGACGCGGAGCGAGACAUUGUUUUGGUUAUGUCCCAGCUGGACAGCAACUCCAUCUUCCAGGAUCUGGCUCUUGGCGCCGAGGCCACCGCCAGCGGGAUCACGACCCUGCUCACCGCCAUCCACGCCCUGGCCGACCAACGCAAACUUGAGGCCCAGCAGGGCGGCAUCUAUACCCCGCCUGUGCGCGCCAAACGUCAGUUGGUGUUCGGCUUCUGGACGGGGGAGACGUUCGUAGAGGACCUUAUUCACUUCAAGUGCAAGUCGGUGGUGCACGGCGAGAACGGCCGCGUGCGCUGCGCCGAUCCGUGGAUGACCGACUACGGCUUCAAGAACAUCUCCCUCUCUCGUAUUCACGCGCUCAUCGAUCUGCAGCAGCUCGGCCAGCUCGACGCCCAGAACCCGACGGUGUACGUUCACAGGGAAGCCACUUCGCAGGGAACGGCCCAACUGCUCGACGUUCUCACUGCCGUCGCCGGCUCGAGCGUCAGCGUGAAGCCCGCUUUCGAGCCGGCUUUCGAACUGCCCCCGUCGUCCCUCCACUCGUUCCUCCUCGCCAACAGCUCGCUGCCGGCCCUGCUCCUUUCCGACUUCAACACCACCUAUCGCAACCCGUAUUUCCAAAGCCGAUGGGACGACUGGAAUAACGUGAACGUGGACAGCGUCUGCACCGCGGCCGGUCUCGUGGCACGCACCCUGUACCAGCUGGUCCAUGACGUCGCGCCUCCGCAGGAGCUCAAGCCCAACUGCACACUCGUGCACGACCUGCUCGACUGUCUGGUGCGCAACAACACGUGUGACAUGAAGAGGCAGCUGCUCGGCGUCGUGGAGGCGCCGAACCCGCCCACGGGCUAUGCCGGCCUCUAUCGCCACGACCAAGCCGCCUACAACAUCAACGCGCUCCUCGUUCACCAGGUGCUCAACUGGGUCACCUCGCCCCAAUACUACAUGCCCGCGAAACUGCACGCCAACUGCUCCGCCAGCUCGCACUGCCCCGAAGGCCACAACAUGGAGUGCGUGAGUGGUGUGUGCCGGAACAGCAGCGUCUUCUUCCACGACGCGGCGCCGUUUGGCCUCGAAUGGGACGCCAACUGGGCCCAGUGGAGCCACUCGACGGCCCUCUUCCUCGGCACUCACCCGCAGCCUCUGUGGACCGAGCCCACGUGGGACACGCCAACGCUGCGCGUGUUCAAGAGGGAGCAGUUCAUCAUCGAGGUCCUCACGCUCGUGUUCGGCCUGCUUGUGUUCAGCGUCGCGCUGGGCUUCCUUUGGCUCGCGAGGCGGUCGCUCAACGCCCGCUUCAAGGCCGUACCCUCUUCUUCUUCCUCCUCCUCCUCCACCUCCACCUUGUCGCUGAGCCAGUCCUGA